UCUUCAACAGCAGUCGAACGACUUGGGCUUUGGUCUGCCUCAUUCAUCGUUUCGUCACGACACACACCACUGGAAACAAACGUCAGCGUGGGUCAAGCAUCGAAAGCUGCUAGAGCCACCGCGAGCAUACAACACUGAGGAUAGACCCGUCUCGCAUCCGCAUCUCUCCGCAACCCACUCGGGCAUCGCAGUCGCCGAUCGCAGUCUCCUUCCGCCACUGAAGAAAGACCCAUUUCCUUUCCUUCCAUACCACCAUGCGCCUUAUCCGCGAAGCUCGACGUCUCGAAUGCGAGAACCAGCGCCGUGAAUCGCGUCGCUCGCAUCUCAAGAAGUGGCUCGAUAUGAGCCGCGACGAGGAGGAUCAGUGCCUUGAGGACCAGAAGCAACAGAGCGAGGCUAGCCGUGCGCCUUUUGGUCUUUCCGUAACUCGUCGUGCUACUCCUGUGUCUCCUCUAGCUCCCAGUCUUAAGAAAUCGCAAUCACCACUCGCUGUAAAGUGGAGCUCGUACAUCGAAGCCAUGGGUCUUAAGGAUAACAGCGGCAAGCACCGUCGCGUCCGAUUCGUGGAAAAAAAUGCCGAGGAGUUCGAGCGACCACAAUACACUGAUGAAGAGAAAGCCAAGUGCCACUACUCGGCAGAAGAGCUCAACGAGAUGGAAACCUUGGCCAAACAGUUCGUUCACCGCGAGUCUCGCUUUGCCGGCCAGCCUGAGGACACCAUCCUGGAGCAGGGUUUCCUGAGCUUGCCUGUGAACGCUCCAUUUUUCCAGAACAGACGGUACUAUUGCCUCUUGCGAGGCCACCGACUCCAAAUGUACAGCUCAGCAGCGCAUGCUGCGAAGAACACUGGCAUGAAGACGCAGCUUACCAUUCUCCGAGUACAGGACUGCCAGGCCCUCUCCAUGCAAAAGAAGUUUGCGCUUUUCGGCGCCUCGCUGCCUUCACAGAUUGGACUGAUGUUCUACGUCAUUAAAGCCAAUGGCGAACGCGUCAUUUUCACCGCAGAUACCAGGAGCUCCAAGCGCAAUUGGGUGCACUCACUCACCCGAUUGACGUACGUGGGGGAGGGGGAAUGCAACAAUAACACGCCCCCACUCCGAUCGCGCUCGAGCUCGGCUCCGACUGCACCUACGUGUAUGUUGCCUCCAGUACCUGAAGUCGAACCGGAGGAGGAAAUGCAUGAGAUCGCCACUUUGGGAUCCGUCGAGUCGGACAGGAGGAAUAGUUGCACUGCCGUUUGUUGAGAAGGCAGUGCAGUCUACCUGCCGCCGGGUACCAUUGCAUGUAUCCAAAAACAUAUAAUUGUUUUCUCUAGGGAGAAAUAAGUAAACAAGUAAAUAAGAAGUAGUCAUUCAUCGAGAUCGAGUCACUGGUAACUCGAUAACAAUUUUCAACAGCUUUGCCGAUUUCUUCAAGCUGGCACUGAAUCCCCGCCAUUCGUAAAGAAUAUCAAUAUAGACAAUCCAUCC